AUGGCACCCGCUAGAACGCGAAGAGCACGUCAGACGGAACCUUGGAAUAUUCUCAACAAUGUCAAUAACUCGGUGACUCAGAAGACCCCUGCUACUGCCAGCAAAGCGCCGCAGAGAAGACACACGACGCAUCGCGCAAAUAUCUACGAUGUCCCCGUCUCGCCUGAACCCGCAGGAUUACCGGAAACGCCCUCGAGACCACUCCGCAGUGGCCUUCGGAGCCAGAAUCGCCCUUCGACACCCGAGCCCAGUUCAUCUGAUGAUGAAGAAAAUUACACCGCGCAACCGGAGGAUGAUGCGCAGUCAGACGACUCCGCAGGGUCGAGCGAAGAUAUAGAUCGCGAAGACGACGAAGAUAAGCCUGCUGAGAAUCGACAGUCGGAGGAACUCGGUAGCCAUGGUUCAUUCGCAAGCCUGAGCCGCUCCUAUGAUGACGGCGACGUGAAUUAUGCCAACAACAACGUGCCUGGUUCCCCAUCUUCAACCCCUUCCAUCCCAGAGACCCCGCGACUUGCGCCCGCUCAGCCAAGAAACAAGCUUCCCACCGAGUUUUUUGAGCAGUUUGAAGUCCAAAGCGACCCUGAAAUCUCCGAUCAACAUCAAGCUGAAGGAAGCCCGGAAAUUCAAGAGCUUCUCGAUUCACAACUUGUGGAUUCACAAUUCAAUGAACAACACCAAACCGAAACAAAUCUUGAUCGAGCUUACCGCCGAGAGUUGCAGGAGUGGUUCGACCAAGAGAUGGAGCUUUUAGAUUUGAAAAAUGAAUCGCGAUUCCUACUUCAGAAGUCAAAAUGGUUAAGAAAACAGGCAUCGCGACCGAAGCCCGACGAACUGAGUGCUGCAUUUGCCAUAAUUUCUGAGCUUCGUCACAUCUACAAGGAGAUACUGGAGAUAGAAUAUUUAUCAUCCGAUCUCAAAAGGGAUCUCCGAAACCUCAAAGACUCGCUAUUCCUGGAGUUUGUGCGGCUAAGGCGUUACGCUAUGUGGGAGACGAAGGAUGAGCCUAGCGCAUAUCUGAUUGAUCAGUUUCAAGCGUAUAUCAUACCCAGGAUCAUCACUUUGAUGCUUUACGGCUUCAAGUUGUAUCGAAUGUUAGGAGAAUCAGCAAACGCCCAAGUCCAGGACACUCUAUUGCUCUUGAUACAAAUCAGUCUGAAGAUCAGGGAGGCAGUCGAGUCGAGAUACCUAGUCAAGGAAGACGAUUUUGCAAAUGCGUCCGACUGGACUCGGCCCAUUUAUCCCCCCUAUGAGACAUAUAUUCAACUAUCUGCACGCUAG